AAUUAAAUAUUGUAAUAUGAUUGAAAAUGAGUUACAAAUUACGAUUGGUGGAUUACCAAAAAUGUUCUCUAUUUACAAGCUUACAAGACUAUUGAAUCGACAUACCAACUCGUGGGAGUUAGAAAAUCUAAUACCUUUGGAAGACCACAUAAUAGCAAAUAUUCGUUGUGAAACCAACGAGUCAUAUGAAUGUUUACUUAAGCUACCUGAGAAUGUAAACUCUUCACUUUCUACUAUACGUGUCUAUAAUGCAUCGCUAACUAGCGAUUACGUCGAACAAAAUAGUCCCUACACUGCACCCAGUGAUAGCAUUUUAAAAUUGAACUCGGAUUGCUUGCGCCUCAUCUUUGUAAAAUGCAGUCUGCGGGAACAAAUCACGUUGGCCAAGGUGUGUCGUAAUUUUCACAAGAUUAUAAUGGACAUUUUUAGUAAGCGAUUUCAUGAAUUAAUUUUUUCCGACGCCUUCUUUACGAAAGGUUUGGGACUAAGCGACCAAGAAAUUUGGGACCUUAGUAUACUAAGCGGUCCAUACGUACGUACAUUAGAAUUUAGCAGUGCAUUUUCGUUGCAAUUCUUAAGAGUAUGCAGCGAAAAUCUAAUAAAUAAUAUGAGACCAAAUGCCAAACGUGAAAUUAACAUCUGGAUGUGUAAACAUUUAGUACAUUUUCCGCAAAUGCGAACAUUUAAAGUACUAGGAGGCCUGUUGCUUGAUUUUACUGUAGGCCAAUUGGCACGCUAUUGUCCCGAGGUGCGUGAAUUUCUAGUAUUAGAUCCAAAUAAUGUAUAUGUACUUGGUAAAAACUUUCAUUUAUUACGUAAAUUGGAAGUACUCGAUUUACCACUUUGUAUAAAUAUGUGUCGAGUGUAUAUACUAAAGGCGUGUAAAAAAUUGCAGUUGAAGUCAUUGAAUAUUGUCGAAGUUCGACGUCUGAUGUAUAUACCAUUUUUGAAACAGAUAUUCUCUCUGCAAUUCAAAACAUUGCGACAACUUUGGUUAACGGCUUACCCAAAUCAAUUAUUAAUACGGGCUAUUUUGACACUGCCACAUUUGGAAACUUUGAAAUUUUAUUGGCCAAAUGAGCAUCUUAACUUCGAAAAAAUGUUAUUUAAAGAACUUUUUCUUCAACGCCGAGAUUCAUUGUACUCACUGUGUUGGGAGACUGAGCCACCGUUUAUGAUUAACGAAUCGUUCGUUGAAUGGAAACCGACCGAAAAAGAGAGAAGAUGCGAGGUAUAUGCUAUGAAGGGAAGUCCUUGGAAAUGUUUUGAACGUUAUGCAGAGUGGAUAGAACUCAUACACGGUUGCACCGUAAUAGAAACAAUGACCUUCCGCUAUAGUCGUAUUUUGUCGAAUGAACAUGUUUUAGCACUACCAAAUAUUUGUAGGACAUUGAAAACUAUUCACAUGGUUGGCUGUUGCCAAGAGUCCGAUCAAGUUCUCUUGCAUUCUUGGCAUGCGCCAACGAGACCCACCUGUGAGUUGCGCAUUGAAGGCUUAAACUGGAUUGAGGUGGAGGAAUUGAAAAGGAAAGAGCUUGGUUCUGGAAAAGAUGGCAAAACGGUUUAUCGCAGUAUCUUAUGUAAAUUCAAAAAUUCAAUCAACCAAAGGCUCAGCUGAAAAUACUUCAAAAUGCGUCGCUUCUCUGCAGUUCACAAGUGUUUUUCAGCUUCAUCUAUUUUACUUAGUUGCAAUGCGAAAGGAUUUAAGCAGCAGAUGAAGAACCUUUAGCUAUAGUAGGUGUAUUUUAGAACGUGAAACAU